AUGCAGCAAUCACCCCCUUCGCCUGCUCCCUCCAUCGCCAUUCCGCGGAAGCAGCAGGCGGCUGGAAGGCAGCAGUGGGUGGCACGUGAGCAAGGCAGCGAGGCAGAAGAGAGCACGUGGCGUUCACUCGCAUCGCAAGCACCACCGCUGGACGUCCCACCCCAUUCGCCAUUCCACUCGCCAUGGAGCUGCCUCCCCCCCUGCGCACAGAUAACUCAUUCCCCCGCUCCUUCUCCUCCCUCCCCGUCCUACCCGCCCUCACCGCUCUUCCUGCCAGGCCAGCGCAAGGCGAGCAGCAAGCGAGGGGAGGGCAGCAGGCGAGAGGAGGCGAUGGGAGCGCCAAGGGCGGGCAGCAGGGCAGCAGCGCCGGCCUCAUCAACGGUUGAGGUUGUAAGUAUCGCCCCUGCCACCACACUCCACAAGGGCCCCACUCCCCCCCGGUUCAGGUCCUUCCCUUCAAGCCUUACGCCCACUCUGCAUCAACGCACCCCCUCCGCGUGCACCACCACGCCUCCAACUUUCAGCUAA